GGUGCUGUUCCAAAAGAUGGACCAAGUGGGGGCAUUGCCAUCGUUUCAGCACUUUUAUCUUUAGCGAUGAACAGGCCAAUUAGGCAAAACAUAACAAUGACUGGUGAAGUAUCAUUAAAAGGAAAUGUCAUAGCUGUUGGAGGAAUCAAAGAAAAAAUCAUGGCAGCAAAAAGAGUGGGCGUAAAUUGUGUUCUCCUUCCUGACGAGAAUAAAAAAGACUUUAAUGACCUGCCUUCAUAUAUUACCGAAGGUUUAGAAAUACACUUUGUCACCAACUAUGAUGAAGUUUACAAGCUGGCAUUUCCAAACUAGCAUUUAGUCAAUUUCUACAAUAAUUCAAAAGUGAAGUUUUAUAAACACUUUUUUCCCUAACUCCACGAAACGUUUUGUAAAAUUGAAAUGGGCAUGAUCACUGAAAUUGAUUAUCUGUACAAAUGUAUCCAAUAGAGGCAUUGUGAUUAUUGUUCAUUGUUAUUGUUUCUGUAGUCAAUAAACAUUUUUUUAUAGUAUGUUA